CCUCACAUCCGUCCUGACGUGCUGCUGGAGGAAGGAUGCCAAAUAACUAAACAUCUAGCAAUUUUGGGAAAGUACAGCAAAAUUCGUACACGGGACUGCAUGUCUUGCUUUGGCGUAUCAAGACAAGCCUCAACCUAGAGAGGAGUCUACCAAAGGGAGAUAGCAACAGAUAAAGCAAAAAGGAUCACUGAAGAUUGAGCAACAGCCCUGCUGCGUUAAGUAUGCAGAUCUCUUAUCACACCCACGGUCUCAUCACUGAGCAAUUUGGUAAUGACAGGAAAGUUGGAGCAUGAAGGGAAACGUCAACUGAGGCUCCAUGGUGUAUAGCAAGGGGAAAUGUGAAGCCAGGAUCCAUGGCACAUCCCAUCGCUGCCCUUCCCAUGCCUGCUGCCUGCAGUGAGAUGGAGUGGGGCUCAGGAGGGGCAUGGCAAUGGACCCCGUGCCAGUCUGCAUCAUGGGAAGCACCCCCUGGUUUCUGAAAGCUCAUUCUUGGUUUUCUUGCACAGAAGGCAGCAGAGCGUGAGCAUAAGGCAACCCAAAUCCCACAGGAGUGAGCUGCCACCUGCCUCCUUCCAUGUGCUUCGUAUACUCCCAGUCAAAUGAACCCAUUGGAUGUACUCAAGACACCCCAGGACCACUGCUGCCUUAUUGGGUGGGGAAAGACCAUUUGGAAAGACCGAUUUCCUCUUGUUUAUAGAUGGGGAAAGAGACACAGAUUGGGACCACCAGCCCAUACCCACCCCAGAGCCCCAUGGCGGGGAUGUCACCUGUCACACUGAGCUUCCUGCCUCAGCCAUAAGGGAAAAGGUGGUUUGCCAGGGAAUUGUGGGAAAAUGUGGUUUGCCAGGCAAUUAUGGGAUGUUCUUGCUGGAGGUUACCAACUCAUCCGACUCAGCACUGUGGCUCAGAGGUUUGCCCCCAGUGCAGAAAGAUGACUUUCCUCCAUGACGACUGCUAUUUUCCCCACAGUUACAGGGGCCUCCACUACAGCAGCCCCUUCAACUACAGGGGCUUUGGUGGCCUCUACGACUUUUGGGACCGCUAUGGCCAUGAUGGUCUGUAUGGUCACUGGGGCUUCUGUGGCUCUAGGGAUCACUAUGGCUUUGGAGGUCUGAAUAGUGGCCAUAGGUGGCUGUACGGGGACUGGUAUGGCUACCCAAGCUGGUAUGGCAGCCGCCACGGUCACCACUUCGGUUCACGAUACGGUCAACGCUACGGCUACUGGGGUUGGUAAACCCAGCAGGAACGGCACUGACCUGUGAGGAUCAACCCCAGUCUGGACUGACGGCGAAUCUCAGCAGCAUCUUCCUAAUGCACAGAGCCCAGUGACAGCAGCUUCCCUCUGCGGAGGCAUUGAGGCUCUGCUCUGCUGCCCAAGUGCUCAAAAUGACUGACCUUUUCCUGCUCUGUUUCCUCUCUUCCCUCCCAAACUCUCCUCUUCAUCCACUGCUGGAGCAAAAGCUUGCUUCUCCUCAACACCCAUUCUGUGCAAACUCCAGAAAUGCUGCUGGAGUGUCUGGCUUUUGUGUUUGUUGCAGUGAUGUACAAAACAUAUUCUGAAUGAAUGGUACAGGCACAGUGUACCAUGCCUUGGGGAAUGUAGUCUUUCUGUUCUGGAAUAUAUCUGCCUUUCAUAUUAAAAUCUACGCUUCAUCAGUACUGUA